AUGGCGGCGAUGAUAGCGUUGGUGUUUUUCUUGAUGGUUGCCAGCCAAAGCAGAGCCAAUUACACCCACUGUGAACUUCCCUUCUCUUGGCAGGAGCUCGUUGUCAAAUACAAAAACAAUCAAAUUUUCUUUAAGACUGGAAAGAAGUUGCAAAACUCUAUAUGGGUAUGUGUUAAAGACCACUAUUGUGCUACUGGUGCAGACCCAUAUUUCUGCUUCAAGUAUCAUGAGCAAGAAGAAGUCUUCGUGCCGUGGGGAGAAAAUCAGAUGCUUGGGCUCGUUGUCUCCUCGCAAUCAGCAUUGGAGAAGAAAGUAGAUGAGCUUACCAACAGCAUCACGAACCUGCAGAUGGAGAUGGCAGCUAUCAAGGGAAACCUUGAUGACCUCCAAAGAAACCAUUCACUAUGUCAGAAGAAAGUUGAGGUGCUGCAGUCUCAGCAGUCGGAAUGGCAAAGCGAGAUCGAGGUCGUCAGAGCUGGGAGCGUGUCUGCACUGAGGCGGCUAGAGAGCCUUGGAGAAAACACGAGCCAAGCGAUCAAAAGCCUCUCAUCAUCUUUCAGCAGCGAGCUGAGGUCGCUUAACUCGUCACUGCAUCACUUGGCGUUCACGGGGCAGUGGUCAGCGCUCGAGGAAAAGCCCAACUUCAGUCUAGUUGCGACAUCUGGAAACUUUUCGGACAUUGUAGGAGUCCCAGCAUUUGUCAAGGAUGUGCAAUUGAGUAUGCAGUACAUCAACAGGGACAUUGCUUAUGUAGAGACUGGAUGCGAGGGAGACGUUGGUGCUGAUAAGACAUUUUCCAAUCUUGGAUCAGCAACCGAUAGACUUUGUGUCCUGAGUUACGUGCAAUUCACAGAAACGGACACAUGGGACGAGACUUUAAGAUGUUGGGUGUAUGAGUAUGGGGGGCAAUGGUACCUUGAAGCCUGGUGCGAUACUCGCAAUUCGGAUCAAGAUGCUUACUGCAGAGCAGUAUGCUUUAGUUGGACAGUAACGAAAGAUUAG